AUGAUACACGCCUUCAUGGUAAAGGAGAGACAGGCUAAAUGGAGCAGCUGCUUGUUACGCAAGAAUUCGAUUGAAAGCGCGUUAAACGAUUACGCCGAACUGUUGGACGAGGCAUCACAGGCGUUUCAGGCAUGUUUCCCACCUCUGAUUCUCGAAGCCUCUGCCCAGAAACAGAAUUCCAAGUUCGCGAUAGAAGCACAGGACAGUCGCGCCUUUGAAACCGUCGUUCAUAAGCCACCUCGUUCUUCAGCACCUCCACCAUAUCAUGACACCGACAGAGCCUUAACCGAAGAAAGAGUCACAGGCGACUUCCAAUACGUCCUCGAUGACCUUGACAACCAUGGGUUCCGAAGAUAUCACCAGUCAGAAGUUCGUUUGAAGGGUUCAUUUGGAUCUUCCAAUUCCAGCGGCUGGUGGUCGGACGUGAACGAAGCACUUGUGUACGGAGAACCUUCGCUCAUCCGAAGCCAUCCAAACCUACCCCAAAUGAUCGGGGUAUCUUCAAAUGAAGCUGGAACGCCGUUUGUUAUCCUAUCCCAUGUGGCGAGAAUAGAUGGUAAUAAUUCACCGUCAUCAGCCCAAAGGCGAUCUCCAGAGAAUCUCUUGAUCGAUUCUCUCAACAAAUUCGGCUUAGCGGGAUGCAUAAACACCUACACCGACAUUUCCAAUGCCGCCGCAUAUCUUCAACGACAGCUCGAGCUGACCGACUCGCAAGUGCAGGACGUCAUCGAGAGUGUGGCCUUCACGGCAGACGGGGGUAAAAAUUUGAUCAUGGGCCUCCCGCCGCCUAAGGAAGGCACAUGGGUGACCGCCAGAAAUUACAGCUUGGCCGACACCAUAGGAUCUGCCGCUUUGAAAUUUUUGCCACCCCGAGGUUCGGUGAUAUUGAACAGAAACGGGUUGAUUGAUGACGACGAAAUUAUGCGGCUCCAUCAUGUUGCGGCAUUGGUUGAGGGGCUUAUUCCUAAAGCGCGGGAGCCUCAUGGCCUUCCCGAACGGACAAGGGCAUUGCUGACCGACGUCGACGAGCCUUUCAAUGGUCUGAUGAAAGGCAAAGCACCUUCUCUUCGCCAGUUGAGAUUGUCAAGCCUAGACGCGAAAUCUCACGAUCAUGUCUGGUAUACAAGCUUGGGAGUCCUUCCAUGUCGGUUUUCAGUGGGAGAUUUUGGAUAUAUUCCUCGACAUAAAAGACACGCAGCGUCUGGUAAAUCCUUCGAGGACUUUGUACUUUUAGGAAACAUAUUCCGUGAUGACUUCGCCAACUGGCCGAUAGUGGUCCCUCCGGGAGCACAGAUAAACUGUGACAUAACUCAUGAACAGUGCAUAGCCAAUACUGCUGACGCUUGGCGUUUUCUCAUGCAAGAGUCUCGCUCCCUCGCUGACGAACUGGGCAUACAACCCCAUGAUCUGAUUCUUAUCACUCGAACUGGACUGUCUAGACACGCCUACAUCAAUGACUUUGCAACCUCUGUCAAACUCGGACCGUCGCAUUGGGGUCAUCAGCCUCCCGGCGUACGACAACCUCCCCGGCCUUUCUUCCCGCAUCAGCCGCCAGCCAUAGCAACGCCCAUGUACUUGCACACAUCUUUUGAUGAUAACUACGAGCCCUAUUGGUCGCGUCAGCCUCGGUAUACGCCACAUGAACCGCAAUCAAAACCGCCACCCCUUUCGCGAGGGUGGACUUCCACAGUCGGAUCGGAUACACAAUUCGUUUACUGGAUUCAGCUUCUUCCUGAGGAUUUCAAUGACUAG